AUGGUGUUAAACAGUGUCUUUGGUGCCACGAAGGAGUGGGUAUGGAUAGCUCUACCGCUCACCGGAUGGGCAAUUGGGUCAUUUCUCGACCACAAGGAAACCCUCCGGAUGACCCGAUUCCGGGACAAGAGUGCCCUGUACGGAAGACAAUUGGCUCCUGGGGAGAAACCAUCAUGGCCCUGAUUAAUCUUUGUACAGUGGAUAGUUAUUUAAUGCAAUAAAUUCGAUGAAAAAUAAUC